UUAUAUGUUUCCUCCCCAUCGUUGGACACCAAUGUCGCAAUACUCCGGGAGGAGUUCAUUUUUGUAAACAAUUGGCUCCGCGAAGCUGGACUGAUGGCAGAAAUCGACAAGUCUGAGCUCAUCCAUUUCACAUGGCGUCGCGCACCAGACCGACCGCCUAUCUUGCUACCUAGCGACGAAGGACAGGUGACAAUCAACCCCCGUGAUUGUAUCAAAUGGCUCGGCAUAUAUUUUGAUUCUAAACUCUCUUUUCGCAGAAAUGUAUGUGAACUGACAGGGAAAGCAGAAAAUAUUGCUCAAGGACUACAUAUGCUUGCAAAUACGGUGAGAGGUCUCUCGCAAUCACUACUGAGAACUGUAUAUUCGGCUUGCGUUCGCAGUGUAAUGACAUACGCCAGCCCCGUCUGGUGGACGGGCAUGAAAACCCAUGCAAAUAUGCUCACCCGCGUUCAAAACAAA